CUAACCCCAAAUUUCUCUCACGAGCUAACAAGUCUGAGCUCUGAAAUCCCAAAUGUCGUCCCAACCCCGAAACGACGACGUUCGGAACCUCGAAGAAGUUGCAGAAGAAGAAGAUGUGGUAAAGCUGGAAGAAGAAGAAGAAGAAGAAGAAGAUGGGGAAAUGGCUCAGAAAAUAGUCGAGUACCGAACCACUCUCACCUCUUCUCUUCUCGAAUCCCCGAGACCCGUUUUACCGACCCAAUUGCUGAACGAAUCGGAUCCUAAACCCCCAACGCUUCCCGCCCCGGACACGGAUGCUGCCGUCAGCCAAGUGAUGUUUUCAUCUCGCAUCGAACUUGAACAAGCUGUUGCCGAGGCUGAAGAGUUCAUGGAGGACUAUAUGAGGAGAUAUAUAGAGGAUGACAGUGCUUAUCAACGCUUGCGCCGAGCAAUCUCAAAGCGGAGUCGACGCUCGAGAAGAGCGGGAAGGCGAAAGGCAAACAGAAAAGAGAAGAGAUGAUUUCUCAAUGACUUUAGAUAUUAUGCAGAAGAAAAUGUCUGAUAUUGAGAAGCAGGAGGCAGAGAUUAUGAUGCAAUCCAAGCGAUUAGACGAGUACGACUUUGUAAUGAAGGACACAUCAAAGAUGACGGAUGCUCAGAAGAAAAUCCACGAGGAAGCAUGCGAGGCGAUAUUGAAACGAUGGGAAGAGGAGGAUCCAUCAAAUUAGUUGCUGCUCCAAUUCUUGUUUAUGUCUGCGUGUUGUGAGUUGUAUAUUUGUGUUGUGUGUUCUAUCAAUUUGGGAAAUGUGUUGUGUUGUGUUUGUAGCAAUUUCUCUUUCAAUAGAAGUUUGAGUUUGUUGUAUUGUUAAUAUUUUAAUUGUAGCAUAUUAUUCUCUCCGUCCACAA